CCCAUGCCUCACGCCUCUUAGCCUCGAGUUCAGACCUCAGUUCCUUGUCGUUCUUCAGCAUCGUUCUUGUCGCCGUUCACGCCUCUCAAUGUCGUUCUGGUGGUUGUCAUUCCUUCAUGGCCUUCAAUAUCCGAUCUGAAGACCCCAUUUCCAUGUGUGCUUCCUUCUACUUUAAUUUUUCUUUCUUUCUUUUUUUUUAUUUGAUCCAAUCCGAAAAUUCAUGGUUUUCCCCCCUUCUUGCACCUGUUCUGCUCCCUUCAUGCUCCUCUCGUGCUUCGCAGCUUCUGAAACUAAAAUGUGAAAUCUAAAGUUUUGUUUGCCUGAAGGAAAUUUGAGGCGGGACCGUGGGAGCAGCUUUCUUGGUCUAGGUUUCCUUGCUGGGCUCACUCCAAAUUUAUUUGUUUUUAAUUUGUAAAAACCAUAGAAAGCUCUAAAAUUUAGGCUUUCGGUCCUGUCCGAAUAUACCGGCCCAAAUUGAGUCGGGUCGAACAAGGCCAGGGAAGACGGAAGAUGGUCUCUGUCGCCCUAUUUUACGGGUCGGGUUAAGAUGUCUUGGUUCUAGCCUAUAACCCGGAUUUACUGGUUUUCACAGGAUCACUUCUCUUCCUGACCAAAACCAAGCAAAGCUAGGUAGAUUGGGUUCGGAAUCUGAUUGUUCGAAGUUGCUACGUCCAUUACAGUGAAUUACUUCCUCUACUUUUCUUUCUGAGCAGUGAGCAGCACACGAAACUCGACCACCUUCUUCCUUUACCACCAAAAAUUCCUCAUAUUUUUUUAAUUCCUGAAUUGCCUGAGUUUUAUUCUUCGUUCAAGAGUUCCGUGCCUUUGAUAUCAUCUUGCAAGAAGAUGGGGAGAUUUGAUAGGUUCAUCUAUUCCUUAAAAUUCCAUUUUUUUCUCAUCACGUGCUUCCGAUUAUACCUUUCAGAAGUAAAGGUCCAUCCCACAAUGUAACUUCACUUCAAUCACCAACCAUGUACUUCUCUAGAUACUCUACUUAUCACCGAAUACCAGUACAAGUGGCUUCCUGUUCCUGUGUGCGCUUCAUUCAAUCUUCAUUGCCCAUGACUUUGUUUGUUACAUAUGGUAUUUCUAUACACUUGUAUUGUUCAGAAGCUGUUCCUACGAAUCAGAGCCUUGAUUCUAGUGCUAGUAAUGUUGAGGACUACCGCUUAGAAGUAAUAUAGAAAAGAUAUACAACACAAUAAUGGAUAAAACCACUGGACAUACCAAUAUGGAGAAAGCUCUUGACCAACUUGGAAUACAAUUUUCAACUCCUUUGGUUACUGGGGUCCUGAAGAGGCUUCAUUUUGAGGAAAAGAUAGCAUUUAGAUUUUUCACAUGGGCUGGCCAUCAAGAGAAUUAUUCCCAUGAGUUCUGUGCUUAUAAUGAUAUGAUAGAUAUACUAUCUAGUACAAGAUACAAAGUAAGACAGUUUCGAAUACUUUGUCAUAUGUUGGACUAUGUGAAGAGGCAUAACAAGAACACGAUUCCGGUUGAAGUUUUUUUGACUAUUUUGAGAAAAUACACUGAAAAAUAUCUAACUCAUGUGCAAAAGUUUGCAAAGAAGAAGAGGGCAAGAGUAAAAGCUCAGCCCAAAAUAAAUGCAUUUAACCUGCUAUUGGAUGAUCUUUGCAAAUGUAGCCUGGUCGAGGAAGCUGAAGGUCUCUUUAAGAAAGUGCAAAGCAAAAUUAGACCCAAUGCAGAUACAUAUAACAUAUUGUUUUUUGGGUGGUGCAGAGUUAGAAACCCAACUAGAGGAAUGAAAGUGCUGAAAGACAUGAUCCAGUUUGGUCAUACGCCUGACAAUUUUACAUACAAUACUGCCAUUGAUACCUUUUGCAGAGAAGGCACUAAUGAGGCCUUAGAACUUUUUAAGUUCAUGAGAACAAAAGGUUUUUCCAUAUCUUCUCCCGCUGCCAAGACAUAUGCAAUCAUUAUUGUUGCUCUUGUCCAAAAUGAUAGAAUAGAGGAUUGCUUUAAACUUCUGGAGUGUAAGAUUAGUAGUGGUUGCCUCCCUGAAGUCUCAACAUACAAGGAUAUAAUUGAAGGAAUGAGUUUGUUUGGAAAAGAUUUAGCAUACAGAUUUUUGGAGGAGAUGGGAAAAGGUUAUCCACCUGAUAUAGUAGCUUAUAAUUGUUUUCUUAAGGUCCUUUGUGACAAUAAGAAGUCCGAUGAAGCACUUAGACUUAAUGGAAACAUGAUUGAUUUGGGUUGUCUUCCCAGUGUCCGGACUUAUAAUAUGCUGACUUCAAUGUUUUUUAAGAUGGGUGAUCUAGAUGGGGCAUUUGAGACUUGCAUGACCGAGAGGGGUUGUGCACCAGAUACAGACUCAUACUUUGUGAUGAUUGAUGGGUUGUUUUGGUACGACAAAGUGGAAGAUGCACGUUUUCUCUUGGAAGAAGUUGUAAACAAGGGAAUAAAAUUGCCAUUUAGAAAGUUUGGUAGUAUUUUGAUGCAUCUUUCUGUAAUUGGUGAUCUCCAAUUCGUACAUAGGCUGUCAGAUCAUAUGAGAAAAUUCUACAAUCCUGCUUUGGCAAGACGUUAUGCACUUGGUGAGAAAUGCAAGAGUAAAAAUUUGUGAGGGAAAUAAUACUGUGAAAUUCCUUGCUGAGCUUGUUGUCACGGGGCCAUUACUCUCUCCCCGAGAAGCUAGCUUAUUAGGGUGUGCAGCGCAUCCCUUAUAUAGCCAGGGCCCUCCUUAAGUCCCUCUGAUGUGGGACUUGACAACUCCCCCAGCCAAUCCGUGACGCCUCGAUCACGGGUGGCCCACCAGAGGGGCCCACCGACUAGGCAAAUUCGGGUCUGACUCUAACACUACUUUGUGACGAGGCCAUUACUCUCUCCCCAAAAAGCUAGCUCAUUAGAGUGUGUAACACACGUGCUUAUAUAGCCAAGACCCUCCUUAAGUCCCUCCGAUGUGGGACCUGACAUUGUGCUACCUGUAAGGAUAACUUGAAUGGAAGGGAGCAAGGAGGUUUCUUCUUGUGAUAGGAUAAAAAAACUUGCUAGAAGCAUGACAUUUACGUUAACUCCAGAAGCUGCCUCGGAGUAUGUCCUUGUACUAGUACCUUGACAUAAUGCCAAUCAGUUGCUUCUUUGGAAAUGCUCUAUUUGCCACCCUAUCUAGGCAAAUCAUUUGUUCUUGGAUGUAUUUAUUCCCAUUUAUAGCAUGUCCUAAAAAAAUUUUGGAAUCGUUUUGGCAUACUGUCACUGAGCAAUCCUCAUUUAGAAGGUGAUACGACCAAGAGGUGGAAAUAGUCGUGAGUGCUUUGUGAUCUCAUGUUAGCAGAGUAAAGGUUGGAUAUCUCUUACAUGCUGAUCGCAGAAGGCUCGGCAACAUUAAACUUAGUUCUUUAGUCAAGAAUCUGCUUGUUACUGAAUAUUGCAAAUAAUGCCCUUUUCUGAGAUUCUGUCCAGCAUUUUCGAGGAUACGAAACUCUUUGAUCUUUUUGAAGUGUAUAAAUGCAUUUUGAAGUGUAUAAAUGCAUCAACACAAUAAUGAAUGGUCUUCACAGAUAUAUUUCAAGCUUACUUUUCCCUUCUAUAUGUUAGAUCCCAUUUUUUUUUUCUUAUUUGCUCCCCUGUUCUUUAUUCUUAUCUUUCAUUUAAUUGGCUUCUUUUGUUGGGGAUCCAAUGGCGCAAAGGUGACUUUGUUAAAAAUAUUAGGCAAUUGCCUCAAAAUGAAACUAUUUUCUGUCAAUGUUUGCCAUGGGUUUAAAAGGCAUACCAAAAUGAUGUGCUUAUGUUGAACAUUUGAUGACUUGCGAGCAUUUCAACGUUGUUGGUUCUAGUUAUUCAUGUUGUCAUAAUGGGAUUUGUAGUGCUCACAGGUUGUUUUACUUUUUAUGUCCGUGUUGGACAUGUUUAAACAAAAUGCUAUUUUUUGAAGAAACACUGUGUUCUGUUAGAACUUCAUGGAUAAUGGUCAGGUAGCGUACUUGUAAGCUUCCUUUCUAAAAUGUUAAAUUGCCAACAAACUGUUGAACAUCAUCCUUGUUUACAUUGACCAUUUUUGCUAAGCUGUAAGCCGUAUGAGAAUCAGAAUAUUGUAAAUGGACUACAAUUCUCGAAAUUACAUUACAUGGAUAUGACACCUGCAAAAUUGAUUAGUGUCUCAGAAAAUGGAUCAAAAAACUGUUUUAGACUUGGACUUGAGCCUUUCUUCCAUAGCAAGUGCAACAACUGUAUGAAAUGAUGAAAGAGAAAGGAGAAAGCACUAAAUCAUGUGCAAGAGUUAAGAGGAAGAAUUAAACGCAUCAAUGUAUAUAAAGCUAUAUGAAGGUGAAAUAGAGUUUGGAAAUUAAGUUCUUUAUUUCCUUGUAGCCCUUAAGCAAGUUUGGCUCUCAAAUGCAGAUAAUCAUCCUUGCUAUAUGCCUGGAAUGUCAAUAGCCUACAGCUUUAAUUAUUAUGAAACUGUCUAAUUUAGAAAUAUUAAAUCAUAAUUAUAGCUAGGUAUCUGACACAUUUUUCUACUACCUCAGCGAUCACAGUAUCUAGUAUAGGUAGACUACAUCUUCAAAUUAUGGCCAAGACAAUUUUGAACUUUCAGGUUUGAUCAUUUACUUCAUUUAUUUCAUUGUGCCUACUGUAUAUCCUGAUUCUUAAGGUGGAUGAUAUACAAUAGAGUUCAAUGAGGUAUGCCACAUGGAUUGGAAAUAUGAUUAGUUUUGUAAGCUGUUCUGUCAUAAUAUUCUUUUUGAAUCAGAGGGGUAGACACUAAUAGCUUGAGAUUAUAAGUGAGAUUGAACUCGCGAUCUCUCACUUACAAGGAAGCUUACAUGCCAUUAUACUACAAGGUCAUUGGCUUCUGUCAUAAUAUUCUGUAUACUAAUAUCUGUGUUGAAAUUAUUUUCAGGCUAAUACUAAAAUAUCGGGCUUGCUUAUAGGUGAGUGUGUAUCCUUCUGUACCAGACGUGAAAGCAGUUUCUUCAUUUCAUAUUUUCUUUUUAUUGGUUUUUAUUCCCGUUGACAUUCUUGAAGAAAAAUGGUAAUGCGGCAUGCCUACGGUUGAUUUUACUUCUAUAAUGCCAUUGAUAUGCGUCACUAUCAUCGGAUGCUGAAUGUAUCAUCUGGCUCCAAAGUUGCCAAAACUUUCCAUGCAGUGAAUGAAAUUUAUUGAAACUCAGAGAUCAAGGAUCUGGACAGCUUGAUUAUCUUUCGACUCUUAAUAUGUUCAGUACUCUUGUUGGGAACCUCUUUUGGUUAAUGUCACAUCAGUUGUUUUUCUUUAUAUUCAAUGGAUCUUGUAACUGAGGUUUCAUUCAAUUCAUAGCCACCCUCUGA